AUGCAGUUUCUCGAUGAAGAUUGUCGGGCUACCAAGCCACGUGAAACGCAGCUACUGUCUCGUGAAUACUACUGUUUGUUGCAUACCAACAACACUGUUCAGUGCACUCGUGAUGACUUGGUGCUUACGAAUUCGAACUUUAUCGACAGUGGGGCAUCAAUUAACGCUGUGAGUCCUGAAUUCUGUCUUCGAGCGGGAUUGGAGGCCAAGAUUCGAGAUCAUGGUACAAUGAUGCCGAUCACUUUGGCGAACAAGCAAGAGAUGACAUCGUUUGACCCGUACGUUGGAGACUUCCUGAUACUUCCGGUUCCAAAAAACCAGGACAUUCUGCUCGGGAUGCCGUGGUUGAAGACGGCUAAUCCCGAUAUUGACUGGAUUGAGGAAACGUUUUCUGUUAGCGGAUCGACCUCAGCCUCGUGCAGCAGAUAUUUCCAGCAUGGCUAUUUCUCUGUCACGAGUGGAGAAACAAAAUACAUCACACGUAAACAGUUCAAGCGUCUCCUUCGUAAGCCUCAAGACCUUGAA